AUGGGUGAAGAUGAGGCUGUUGUGCCUGAAAAGCGGCCAAGAUAUGAAGUUCGUCGGGCUCCUUUUGACUCUCGACAUCGACUAACUCAGUCUCUCGACAAAUUUCAUCUUCUUAUUGGAGUCACUGGAAGUGUGGCUACAAUAAAAAUCGAAGAAUUGGUUGCCGAUUUGAGAAAGAAGUAUGAUGAAGACAAGUUGGUUAUAAAAGUGAGUUCUAGUUUGCAUGUUAGAUAUAUUGUUUUAGGUGAUCGCCACCCAAUCCGCCCUUCAUUUCUUCGAUCCGACCAAGUUGGAAGAACAAAAUAUUAUUGUAUACGAAGACAGAGACGAAUGGAACAUGUUCAAGAAGAGAGGAGAUCCGGUCUUGCAUAUUGGUAAGACCGUUGACGUUUUUGUUGGGCAAUGAGUUCAUUUGAUUCGUUCUCCAAUAUGAUGUGUAAUACGAUUUGAUUUAUGUGUUUUCGAAUUUUAGAUCUCCGAAAAUGGGCGAAUGCGUUUCUGAUUGCUCCAUUGGAUGCGAACACCCUUGCCAAAGUGUCGAACGGCCAAUGUGACAAUCUUCUGACUUGUGUGGCCAGAGCCUGGGACUUCAAUAAGCCCUUCUUCUUCGCCCCAGCCAUGAAUACUUGUAUGUGGGAACAUCCAAUAACUGCCGAACAAGUGAGGAAACUCGGAGGAGUAUUUGGCUGCAAGGUGAGCGUUCGUUUUUGUAUAUUCUUGUUUAAAAUUGUUGUUGGAUUAGCAGUAGUGGAUAAAGUAGACUAAUCCUCUUGUUUCAGGAGAUCCCACCGAUUGAAAAGGAGUUAAUGUGUGGAGAUAAAGGCUAUGGAGCGAUGGCCAAAGUCUCCAUGAUCUCCUCUAUCAUUAUUAGUGCCAUCCGGGAUAAAUUCGCUGUCCGAUCUCAAUUCUGACGUCUCUAACUCUGAAAUAAAAUACGCCUAACUUUCAAUCCGCUCGUGUUUUAUUCGAAUUUCGUUUUGAACUCCAUUAUUCUUUUCAUUUUUAGCCAUUUAUUAUGUGGGUGUUCGGUUACGGAAGCCUUUUGUGGUACACUGACUUUCCUUAUCAGGCCGUGGUACCCGGCGUUGUCCGCGGAUAUGUCCGGAGAUUCUGGCAGAUGAGUCCCGACCACAGGGGAACUCAGAAUAAGGUAAAUAUUUUCGUCCUUUACGAUUUUAUGGUAUGUUAGAUCAAUUAUAAUGUUUUAUUUUCAGCCUGGACGCACUGUAACCCUGGUUCCACAAGACAGCGGCGUUUGCUGGGGAUUGGCAUACAAGGUCCCGGAAGAGCAUGUUGAGGCGACCGUCGCUUAUCUCAACUUCCGUGAACGGGCUGGAUACGAGAGGGAAGUUGUCGAAUUCCAUCCGGAUAAUGGAGAUGCGCCCUUCGAAUUGGAAGUUUACAUCUCUCAUCAUCAUGAGGACAAUAUCUAUCAUACUGGACCUGUGACCAAUGAGGAGAUUGUUGAUGUUGUAAGUUUAAAAAAUUAUUUAUAUUAUUUUUGAAAACAUUUUUAAUCAUUUAUUUCUUUAGAUUCUCACCUCUAAAGGACGGAGCGGCACCAAUCUGGAAUAUGCCCUGAGGCUAGCAGACAUUCACCGUCGUCUGGCCCCUCAUAUCCACGAUCCCCAUCUUUUUGACAUCGAACGACGACUUCUGAAGGCCUGCGAAUCCAGGAGGGUGAGGGAUAAAAUUUUGGAAAUCCUUGGCCACAAUCUUCCAUACCUGAAAUCGGCCUGA